AUGACGAUCUGUACUUAUAACGCACGCACGCUUGCAUCGGAAGCGGCCAUCGAAGAUCUGAUGGUGCAAGCCAAGAAGAUCAAGUACGACGUCAUCGGACUGACCGAGACGAGACGACGUCACUCUCUCAACGCUGUAUUUGAAACUGGAGAAGAACUGUUCUUAGGAACAUGCGACAGUAGAGGUGUUGGUGGAGUUGGCGUCCUCGUCAACACGAGUAUGGCACAGAACAUCGACUCUUUCGAACAACUCACGACCCGAAUCGGACGUCUGCGGAUGAGAAGAUGUGGUCCCACACCGGCUUUGACUAUCUUCGUCGCUUACGCUCCAACAUCAAGCUACGAAGAAGAAGAAGUCGAAGCUUUCUAUAUGGACCUGGAGAAGUUCUACCGAGAAGAUCAUGCCUUUUACAAGGUCAUAAUUGGCGACUUCAACGCCAAAAAGCCCUCCUCUCUACGCUGGACGUGGGAGUCACCCGGUGGAGGGUACCGUAAUGAGAUAGACCACAUCAUCGUCAAUAAAAGGUUCUGCCUGACGGAUGUCGCUGUUGUACCAAAGUUCUAUACGGGAUCGGACCAUCGCCUCCUCCGAGGAAGAUUUUCUUUCACGCGGAGAGCAGAGAAAACCGCCAAGUUCAGCAAGAGAAAUCCCAGAACUACCAUCAACUGGGAUCUCUUCGCUACGUUAGCCGGCUUUUGGGAAGAUUCCGCAAUGGACAACAUCGACGAGGAAUACGACCGGCUUGUCAAACACCUUCAUGACUGCGCGAAGAAGGCUGAGAGUAUUAAAACAACCAAGAGACGCCUGUCUCUUGAAACUCUUGAGCUGAUACGCCAGCGUGGAGCAGCACGAGCCGCAGGGAACCAAGAGCUUACGUCCGAGCUCGCAAGGCUUUGCAGAGAGGCGAUAAAGAAAGACCUUAAAGAGAGAAGAGCAGAAGUGCUGGCUGAAGCAGCAGAGGCGGGAAAAAGCAUCCGCUAUGCCCGCCGAGACUUCGCCAGUCGCAAGACAAGGAUGACAGCUCUCCGGAACCCGAAGGGAACAACCAUUGCAUCGAGAAGGGGAAUGGAGAAAAUCAUCUACGACUUCUACUCUGAUCUCUUCGACAGCCGUGCCCACUUGCCUCCUCACCAUCUGAGGGAAGAUGGACAUGUCAUUCCAGCGGUUCUCCCGUCCGAAAUACGACAUGCUAUCAUGUCGGUGAGAAAUCGUACAGCAGCCGGUCCCGACAGAAUAAAACCAGAACACCUGAAGAACCUUCCGCCAGUACUCAUCAACACCCUGGCGAGGAUCUUCACACGUUACCUGUCGGAAUGCAAGGUCCCUAAACAGUGGAAGACCAGCAAGACCGUGUUGCUGUAUAAAAGGGAGAUCCACAUGACAUCGGCAACUAUCGCCCAAUCUGCUUACUGUCCGUCAUCUACAAGCUCUUCACAAGAACUCAUCGAGGUAUCACGAGAGUACAAGAUGCCGCUCUGUCUCACUUUCAUCGACUUGAAGAAGGCCUUUGACUCAGUUGAGACGGAAGCGGUCGUGGAAGCCUUGGACAACCAAGGCGUUCCCACUCAGUACAUAAAGGUGCUUCGAGAGUUGUACAAGGGGGUUCGACAGGGUGAUACAAUCUCACCCAAAAUAUUCACAGCCACCCUCGAGAACGCAAUGCGAAAGUUGGAAUGGGACGACAUGGGAGUGAAGAUCGAUGGUCGGCAGCUACACCAUUUGCGCUUUGCUGAUGACAUCGUACUGAUAACACCUAGCAUCAGCCAAGCGGAACGAAUGCUGACCGAAUUCGCCGAAACAUGUGGAUGCAUCGGUCUUGAGCUGAAUCUUCAAAAGACGAUGUUCAUGCGGAACGGAUGGGUCUCGGAUGCCCCAUUCACGCUCAACGGAACGAACAUAUCCGAAUGCACCAGCUACGUCUAUCUGGGUCGGGAAUUGAACAUGAUGAACGACCUGGCCCCCGAGCUGGGCAGGAGGAGAAGAGCGGCUUGGGGAGCGUACAAGAGCAUCGAGGACGUAGUGAAGAAGACCAAGAACACCCGGCUCCGUGCUCACCUCUUCAACACCACCGUACUUCCUGCUUUGACCUAUGCCUCAGAAACCUGGGCACUUCGCAAGCAGGAAGAAAACGCGGUGAGCGUCAUUGAACGCGCAAUUGAGAGAGUGAUGCUAGGAGUAUCCCGUUUCAAGCAAGUGAGAGACGGGAUUCGAAGUUCUCUCCUACGUCAGCGAUCGAAGAUCAGAGACGCCGCCGCGUUUGCCAAGGAAAGUAAAAUAAGGUGGGCCGGACACGUGAUGCGCUUUAACGACAACCGUUGGACCAGAGCCGUGAGCGACUGGAUUCCCCGCGAUAUUAAGCGCAAUACAGGAAGACCGCCGACCCGAUGGUCAGAUUUCUUCACGAAGUCCUUCAAAGAAAAUUACGAUGCUCUUCGUGUCCCACGCGAAAGGAGGAACCACUGGGCUACUCUGGCACGCGACCGGGACAAAUGGAAGAAUUACUGGCGCCCGCUCGACCGGUUCGAAGACCAACGGGAGUCAAGGUGA